AAGAUGUCUGAGCUUGACACGAGGAUCGAAGACAAUUGGUAAAAGCCGUCUCUUGGUGAUGAGACGAGGUGCAAGCUCCGAGGUGCAGACCCCUUGCAUCACCUGAGCAUGCAGGCUGUCCGCCGGUGCUGGGCUGGCAUUUCUCUGGAUCGACCGGGCCGCUGCACACUCUUUCCGUGCACCAUUCAAGCUUCUGCGCUGUUUCACUCAACUCACCCUCGACAAAAACUCGGCCGCUCGUUUGCGUGUUCACAAUUCGCCUUUUUCUCGACGUCUCUUUCCACCGUGUCGCUGACCGACUUUUGCAUCUUUUUCCUGUUCUAUACCCCACAAGCCUCUUUUUCCCCUCUCGUAGUUUUUGCCAAGCAUUCUCGGAUCUCGAAAUUAACGUGAUGCAUCUCACAAACUGAAGAACAGGCGCAGCCACCUCUUGUGAGACGCGUGUCCACUGAAAGAUUAAUUCUAGGACACCCCUUACCAGUUGUCUCCAACCAGCUUAUUAACUUGCUCGCGGGACAAAGAAUACUCGAAGUCGCUUCGGCACCCGCGCGUAUUCACCAUGGCUGACGAGGAACAACCCAAGAAGAAGAGCUUCUGGGGGCUCUUACGGGCGAAGAGCACUGCCAGUAAAAUAUCCAAAUUUCUGGAGAAAGACCCACAACGAAGGGCAAGCACUGGGGAAGUGUACCGCCAGCGGAGGCAAUCAGAGCCCGUCAUCUCAGAGUUGAGGCCAUCUGCCUCACGUCGGAGACCAAGGCGGACCAACCCGGAUGCAACCAAGGGGAAAGGCCGGGAGGAUGCAUACGGCCCUUCCCACGAUGCCGGACCCCUGACGGAAUGGCCGCCCUCCGGCAUGUCUAGCACCGAAGAGCUGAGGCUGGGUCCGGCAAUGCAGCUCAUCUCGAGAGGAGUCCCCGCUUUCAAGGGACACAAACGCCCAAUACCGCAUGUCUCGGAUCACUACUAUGCCAUGUUCGCAACAGUAGCCGGAAACCGUGGCGAGGAGACGGACGCUGCUAACCAUCAUGACUCCAUGACACAGCUCAUGACCCUGUGCCUUUUGGGUUCGGGCCCGGCAAGUUACCCGUGGGAGACGCUUGAACAACCCAGUUAUUCAUUCUGCUUUGGAAGACGCCCAGGGACCAUCACUCUCAACCAUUGGGCAUCACUCGCGAGCGUCCUCCCAACAACUAUCCCGUUGCGCGACUCAGGCAUUGAGCCACGAGAGGUUGACCUCGAGACCAUCUUUGCACGCAUCAGAGAUUUGGAAAGAGGACUGGAGGACGAUGAUGAGGACCUGAUGUACAAAAACCUUUACCGGAGGCUACUCAGAGACCCAGACAAGCACAGAAGUCCACACAAGACACUGGACACGCAAAUUAUGGACUUGUUCAUGGUGCUCUCACGACCUGAUUGGAUCGAUUUUACCAAUCUAAAAAAUCAGGUGGCGACCAAGUUCAUCUUCGACACCAGUGCUGCCAACGCUGAGCAAUAUCGAAAGUUCUUCCACCAGCUCCUCCUGAGCAUUGAGUUAGAUCUUCGAAUCAAUUCCAGACACCACAUGACCGAUGCCAGAGAGAGGUUACUAGCACAAAUACCACCAACGAUACAAUGGAGCCUCGCCCUUGCUCGACGAUGGCGCGAGAACGUCCGCGUAGAGGCCUACGGUCCAACACCCGACGAUAUCCGCCUCCGCUUCAAACUCAAACGUCGUCAAGUCAAGAUGCUCAAGCGUUUCGCCCAAAUGAUGAAGUGGCCCAAUCUUUCCGAAACCCUGCGUGAGCUCAAACAACGAGAUGAAGACUGCGUCCUCGAUCUUGUCAGCUCCCACGCCAUGGCCUUCUUCAGCGGGCUUGUCCUCCCGGGCCCUACUUUCCCUUUUCUUAUAAUGAAUUCCCUGCUUGACAUUGAUCCAGACAGAGCCACUGACGAUUUGGCUCUACUGACUCACAUUCACCCCAGCUGUGGCUUCCAGUACCGUAACAGUUAUACUUACUGGACCGCCACUUCCAUCGUAGGCAAAGUACUCGCACCUACCUGCCGCUCAUUAGGAGGCUGGGUCGGGCCGGCUCGUCCAACUGGCGAUCUUGCCCGCUCUCAAAUAGCACGUAUUCGAUCCCGACGACCCCCUAACAAGGUAACACCGGAGGAUAUCCGGUCUAUGUCUGAGCGGUCUGAUCCCCUCGGCCCCCCAACACAAGUCUUCCCAGUCAGCGAAUAUGCCCUGGUAGCCCCCGACCGCGACGAAGACGGCUACCUUGCCGAUCUAGUCCGCAUCGAACUCCUCAACCUCCGUCCUGCCGGACCAAACAAUAACACCCGCCCCAACACUCCUCGAUCAACCAAUACCAAGUCCGACACCUCCAGCCCACCAAAGUGGUACGACGCCAGCAUCCAAUUCGCCAUCGAUGGUGUUUCCUGGCCUUUACGACUCACCUUUGACGUGAGCUUCAUCAGCGCCUGGCCUUGUACCGACGGUCCUCAUCCAUUGUUCUUCGACUAUGUAUACACACCAGUCAAAGCGGAUGAGCUGGUCAAAGUGCGAGACUGGCCUGGGGUGUUUGGAACCGGGGCAGGAACUCACAGUCAUGGGCAGAACGAGAGAAACGCGAGGAGCUUAUCGCCCACGACCCCUGGACAGGGGGCAAGUGGCGGACAUACCAACCAAGGGAGAACGGGGGUGUCAAGUCCGAGUACUUUGAGUGGCGGGGAUGAUGAGAAGGUGCUGGUGGUGGAGGCAUUUGGGGUGCCGGAUAAUGAGGUUCUGGCUAGGGCUUGGUGCGCGCAUUGGGGAUUGAGUGCGGUUGUGGCGGAUUUGGGGAAGACCUGUAUGGCCUGUGCAAUCAGAGAGGCAUACGCAGCUACAGUCACGGUAGUGAUCUUGGUGGACGAUGACCAAGAUAACCGACGGGAUGAUUAG